AUGUUGCGGUGGGUUGAUGACUACGAUGGCAGCCUAAAGCUUGUCAAAACGGUCGAGGAGAUGCGAACCAGCAAAAUGACCGUCUCAAUUUUUGUUUCCACCUUUCAAAGCGUCCGAAAACACCCCGUAGCUUUGGCUUGCCUUGCCGAUAAGGUGUCUAAGAUCAUGGGGGACCUUGACGUCGAAUACGCAAGCUCAAUUUUUUGUGCGCACGCGGAAUCUGUCAUGGGAACCGGCUCUGUUGCCGUGAAGCUCUCUACUCUUUUUCAUAAUUUGGGGGAUAUGGAAGAUGGGACGAUUUCUUCCGAUAUGGCAUGUACACUCAAAUUCCUUCCGAAAAACGUGUCAGUUGGCGACUGGAGCAACGCCGUCAUGGAAGCAUUUGGGAAGAAUUCUUGCUACUGUCAAGGAGUGGGAAGUGGGACUACCCAGUGCAAAGAUUUUGUUCGGCUCGCUGCACCCCUGCGAGAUGGCAAGAAAUGCAAAGUAGCGGAUUUGUUUCCGUUGUUUCGGCAGCUGUGGGAGCAUCCUUUUAUUGCUGUUUCUGGAUGGGACGAAGAAAUGAAACAACUUCACGACGCCUACAACGAAUUUAUUCAAGACCGUGCCUGGCUGUACCGGGCACUCGACCCCGGCUUUGUCAUGGUCGAAGGCAUGACGGGUCCGGCAUUGGCCACAGCCAUGGGGAACGUUCCAAUUGAGGCACCGGCUGGCCCAGGCCCAGCCGUCCUUGGGAUCCAGGCCGCUCCAGUGGCAAUGCCAAACUUGACGUCAAUCUAUCAAGUAGCCGACUUAGACGAAGCUCGUCUCACUGCCAUGCACGUCGCGGGUGGGAACCCAGGUACGCACGGUUUUGGCGUAUCCACAGCUGUGGGAAACGCCUUUAUUUUUUAG